CCUUCCUCACCCCCCACUAUGAAUCGCCAGAGAUACCAGAAUCCCAACUAUGAGGACCGCAAUUACAACCAAAACAUGGAACAGCAGUUGGCGUCGCAGAUGAAAAAGACGGCGCAUCGGCGGACAGUGGACCACGGGAAUCCCAUGGGCCGUUGGUUUCUCCAGAAAGCCAUCGGAAAGUCCCAGCGGGUGGGGAAAAUCAGACCCGAGGCAACCUAUGCGAUAGAUAUGUUGCCACCAUUGGCAUCGAAACGUAAUGCCGCGAUGGACACGCCGACAAAGUUUGCACACCUCAGCGCGAACAAGGCGAAACACGCGAUUCACGCAGUCAAAUGGACACCAGAAGGGCGACGCCUUCUUGUAGCGAGUCACAGUGGUGAGUUCACGCUCUGGAAUGGGAUGACUUUCAACUUCGAGACCAUCAUGCAGGCGCAUGACCUGGCAAUCUUUUCUCUAUCGUACUCGCACAACGACGACUGGCUUCUCUCCGGGGACCAGGAAGGGACAGUCAAGUUCUGGCAGCCCAAUUUUAACAACGUAAACAUCAUCAACGCACAUGGCGACGGGAUCCGGGACAUUGCGUUCUCGCCAAACGAUUCCAAGUUUCUCACCGCGUCUGACGACAGCACGAUGAAGAUCUGGAGUUUCCACACGGGUCAGGAGGAGCGCACACUCGCGGGCCACCACUGGGAUGUCAAGUCUGCCGAUUGGCACGCAAAUCUCGGUCUUAUAGUGUCAGGCUCCAAGGACAACUUGCUUAAGUUGUGGGACCCGCGUCAGGCCGCGUGUAUCACCACCAUCCACGGUUUCAAGCAUACCGUCACCAAGACGCGGUUCCAGAAGACCGGGACCCAGCGGCUCCUAGCGUCAGUCUCCAGAGAUCGGUCCACGCGAGUCUUUGACUUGCGCACGAUGAAGGAUCUCCUCGUGCUUCGGGGAAAUGAAAGCGAUUUGUCCUCGCUUGCGUGGCAUCCUGUACACUCUAACAUGUUGACGACCGCCACUUAUGAUGGCUCUAUCUCGCACUACAUGUUAGACACGACGGUACCCGAGAAGAUUGUUUCCAACCCCCAGAGCAGCUUUAACGGUCUGGGCUCGACCCCUGAAGCGUCCAUCACCCCUUUCCACGAGAUCCCCUACGCCCACGAAAAGGCCGUCCAUACGUUGGAGUACCAUCCGCUCGGUCAUUUGCUUUGCUCUGCUGGCGCCGACCGCUCCGCGCGCUUCUGGUGCCGCUCCAGACCCAACGAUCCCUUGGCAUUCCUUGAUGCGACCUACACGAAUGAUAAGGUCGGAGCGUGGUACUACGGGGUUAACAACGGGAAUAAUGCCAGCUCCGCCGGCACUGCCUCGGCGGGGCAGACCGAGAGGGCCGAUCCGUCUGCUUCCGCAUCGAACAACACGCCACUUGGUGCACGCAACCAGGCGUUGCCAGGUCUCCCGGGUCUCCCUGGCUUGAGUUUGAAUGCCAAUUCGAGCACUAACUUCAUGGGCAUUCCCGGGUUGGGCGAGAACUUUCAGGACACAACCACAGGAGAGGAGGAGGUUAACGGGAACAAUGCUGGUAUGAACAAUGCCUUACCAGGAUUGGGAGGAAGUGGAUUGCCCGGAUUGGGGGGCAGUGGGUUGCCUGGGUUGAGAUAGUUGAUAAUGCAUAGGAUAUACGUG